AUGGUGCUGGAUAAGGGCGGCCAGAAGGAGCUGUACGUGGCUCUAUCAUAUGUCUGGGGCAUCAAGAAGAAGAAAGGUGAAAGCAUCCAUCAGUUAAAACUUGUCAAGAAAACAAGGAGUGACCUGAUGAAGGGGAUCAAGCCUUCUCAGAUGACGGCUUCACAUCGAGAGGGUAGUAUGGUGGCUCGGGACCUGGGCUACCGCUACAUCUGGAUCGAUGCUCUUUGCAUCAUGCAGGAUGACAUUGCCGACUGGAAGAAUGCAGCGGUAGAAGUUCCCGAUAUAUACAAUAAUGCCGUACUCACCAUUACAGCGGGCAGAAGCCAUGACAGCCGUGACGGGUUCCUCACAGAGCGCCGGCCGGUCAAGCUCCCACGCAGAACCGAGGGCAGCAGCCGAAAUCUCGCGUCAACUUUCGAGGUGAGCCUGGCGAAGAAUCGGGCCAUUGGUCCGGCAGACGAGCGCGCCUGGUGUUUUCAAGAGGCCCUGCUGAGCAGGCGAAGCCUUAUAUUCGGCAUGGGACAGCUCAUCUUCAAGUGUCGGAAGCACAAGGCAUUCCAGGAUGGCAGUCACGACAAAUUCAUGUUUGACGAGGCUGCCUUUCACCACGAUUGGGUCUUGCCCUUUCCUCCCGAGGCGCCUCGCACAGAAAAUGACAGGAGUCCACCCACGCAAAGCCACAUCGUACAUGGCUGGUACCGCGUUGCGCAAAAGUACGCCAUGCGAGACAUGUAUGACCCCUUCGACUGCUACGCCGCGCUCGCAGGUAUUGCCAGACGGUGCGAGUCUGCUCUGGCUAAAGCCAGCAAAGACGGAGCCGCUCCCAGAUACCUCUGCGGAUUGUGGGAGACGGACACUUUUGCCCACGCUCUCAUGUGGCGCAGGUGCCUCGACGCAACACUUGCGCGGGAUUGUCGUGUUCUGGAGGAGCCCGGGCCCGAGCAAGACCCGAUCAGCAGAGCGCCUUCAUGGUCGUGGAUGGCCCUCGUAGGCCGAAUCACGUUCCAUGGCGCGCCGGUGACCACGAGCGGCCCUCCUGCAGCCGCCUUUAUUCGAGUUCCCUGCUGCGUCCCUGCCAACGGACGAGGGAGCUGGACCCGGGAGAACUGGGGCAUCAGGACGCAGCUCGAGGCGCGAGAAAUCCAAACAUCUCUGCCGUUGAAGAUUGAGGUCAAGGGCCGUCCUCGUCGAGUGCGGGCCACGACGGGUCGUGUCUGCGGCUACAUGAUGUUUCUCAGGUACGGAGAGAUGUUGGCUAACCAUAGUACGAUUGACCCUGCUGAGUCAGAAAAUUUGAGAGAACAUGGUGUUGUGCUACAGGACUUGAGGGAUCAAGACGACGAAAAGGGCAUUGCAUUGGCACUGUUUGACCGUGAGCAGGUAGAUUAUACAGAGCUCUGGGCUUUGCCAUUUUUUACAUGUUCGAUGGGGACUUGGAAUGUACCAAGUGAGGGUUUGCUGCUUUGCAAGAACAUCACGGGUACUUUUUCUAGAGUAGGCGUGUUUUGGGUCAAGAAGUGCGAAGCAUUUAUAGACUUGCAAGAACAGGUUCUUUGUAUUGAGUAG